AUGGCCGACGAAGAGGUGGUGAACAGUCGCUUCAAGCAUUUACUCAACCCCAUCAAGGAUCUUGCCAAAAACUUUAACCUUGAUCUACAGAAAGACCUCAACAACUACUUACAAGAAAUUAACGAACUCGAUGAUGCCAAAGAAUUACAAAUUGAUCUCGAUGCGGUUUUAAAGUUCAACUUCGCUGAGGCCGGCGCAAUCGUUAAAGGAUCGGCAAAUGUUUACGGAAGAAAGGUCGAGUUUGUUUACGAGGCAGCCUGCUCAUUCAAUCAAACGAUCGGCGACGCAAAGAAGAUGAAAAAACUUGCAGGGGCCGGAGUUGACGACGAUGACGGUGGCGGUGGAUCGGAUGGGGAACUUGGCGGCGAAGAAGGACAAAAGAAAAAACGAGCUCGCACACACGACAACGAUCCGCUCUCGUUUCCUUCACAGAAGCAUCGGAAGCACCAAUACUUUGACGCAGCCAUAUUACGGAAAAAUUCUUGCAAAGAAUACCUUGGAGUCGACUUUGUGGCGGCAAGAAUGAAAGAGCCAAAAAUGUUGAAUCUUUUGCCCGAAGAGCUACGAGCGAUGCCCGAUGGAGAAAAGUUGCCGAUUUGUGUCGUCGGUUUAUGGGCACGAUCAAUUGAGGCUGUCGGAAAAUUUGAAGAUUUCUGGACUCUUUCCUACACAACAGUGACCCCAGAAAGAAGAUGGGUAAAUGAGAUGAAACAAGAAGAGCAUCCACAUCACGCGGCAAAAGUGGGUGGUUGUGCUGGAUGUGCUGACAAGGAUUGCCCAGACGCCAAUUAUCUCAUCCCCACCAUGCACUUUGGACCGAAGAUGGCCGGACGGAUGAGGCAGAUUGUGCUGAAGUCGAUUUACUUAGACCUUUCGAAGUUUAUGACGAUACGGCGAGAACAGCUCGAGUCAAAUUGGGUUUGUCAUGGUGAUUUGCGUCCUCGAUCCGGUCUUUGGGAUUCAACGGUGAAUGAAGUGAGAGCGAAGAGGAAACAUCAAUUGGAAGUGGUAAAAUUCGCUGUGGAAAAUGUGAUGGAUGAGAAUAAUUACACAGCAGCGUUGACAAGACGUGGGCGUAUCACUGGAAUGACGGGUUCUCAAAACCCUCUCUCUCAAUUAUCAUCACAACAAUCCUCGCAACAAACUUGCAGUCAGAGAGCUUCACAAGAGACACAAUUUGUGGAAAUCGACGGAAUGCGUUUUCCCGGACGGGCUUCUAGUCGACUAGAAAUGGCACGAAAAUCGUUAUCGACGAAUGGACGUACAUCGACAAGGCUUUCAAUUCAAGUACUACAAGGGCAACGAGAACUUUAUGCCGAUGACGAUUCGUUUGGCGGUGGUGGAUUUGACGACGAUGAAGGAGAAAACAAAAAAUUUAAUCCGUUCGACGUGCGACCGUUACAGGAAAGUCGCCCGAAUACUCGUUCUGCAUCAACAGCGCCAACAACAGGAAACGUUAAUUCAUGGGUUGAGGAAGCGUGCACGUCGCAGAAGACAUCACUACCAAAAAGAGACCUCUACUUGCCACUUCCACGCUCGUUUGGACCGCAAAUGCAAACGGCGAUACCAAAAGCUGUGCCCGUCAGGAGACGUUGUGAGGACGUGCUUGCUAAACGAAAAGAUUCGCAAAAAAAGCUCUUAUCAAUGCCGAUGAACGAACGCUUCAGCAAUCUCAAUUGGAAAAUUUCGGCCGGCAAUGCCGCUCCGCCAACAGAUGCGAAUUGGUUGGGCAUCGUGACCGUCAAUAUGCGUAACACUAUCCGGGUGCUGAUCAAAUCUCUCAACAAGUUUAAAAAGCCAGCUGUUAUUCAAAAACGAAACACGAGUCGAGCUCGAUCGGGAACAAUCGGUGUGAACGCUGAGGAAGGAUCGAACAAAGAAACUCAAGAGACCGAUCAUGUGGCCGAUCCAUGGGCUGAUAUGGAUGAUGACUUUGGACCGGCUGACGACUCAUUCGAUAACAUGAAAGACGUGCCGCUACUCCCGGAUCCAAAUUCGCAACCAAUUGGAGACAACCUACCACGGUUCUCGGAUCUAAAUCAAGAAGACAUUCGUUGCGAGUUGAUCGAUCCGAAAUUGCAACAAGCUCAGCUCAGUCAGGUCGCGGAUCCGUUCUCUCGUCAUUCUCUACACUCGGCACUCGACACGGUACUUGCGCAUCCUGAAAUGAAUGCUACUUCGCGACUGAACGUUUUCCUGCAACAUGCUUACACAUCCGAUGAUUCGCGUUCCACAAUCCAGAGGGCGGUGCAAGAUUGGGAGGACUCAAUUCUUCCUCUAUUGGAAAAGGAAAUGCAUCAAAAGGCAUUUGACGUGCACGACUAUGGAAAAAAUACGAUCGAGAAGUUCGACUCCAUUGGGGAAACGGUUCCAUUCGAGCAACUUUGUCAAGGCCUGGAGAUUUAUGAGGUUUCGCGAGUAUUUUUAUCCUGCUUGAUGAUGACGAAUACAAACAAUGUUGAGUUAAAUUUCGAUGCGAAAAAUCCGAUCGAUUCGCUGAACCUAAAACUUCUGAACGCGGAUCGACCGCACGAGCGCUUGGACGAGGAUGGGAUUUUG